GCUAGUCGCGGUCGCCAUUUUGUCGGGUAGUCAUCGGAAUCAUCUUGUCUCUGACACCACGGUUACCUAUUUCGUCCGUGUCUCGUUCGGACGGGGUAAAAAUCCGUCUCCUGUGGCCCGCCGUAGUAUACGCGCCGCUCCGCCCCGUAACGUCGCACCCGCAAAUGGCUUGUCUGAACACCCUCAAGCAGGAAAUCAAAACGCUCGAAUCCGUCUUCCCCAAGAGCCAUGAGAGGUUUCAGAUAAUGUCUGCGAGCGUGGACGAGCUCAGCUGCAGAUUCGUCGGUAAAAAUGGGAAGAAGUACGAAAUACACGCCAAUAUCACAGAAACCUAUCCUUCAACGCCGCCCGUCUGGUUCGCCGAAUCCGAGGAGACUAGUGUUACGAACGCUGUACAAAUUUUAAGUAACACAACAGGCCGCGACAACCAUGUAAUCAACCAAGUUGGUAUCCUAUUGAAAGAGUUAUGCAGACUACACUCGUUACCGGAACCCCCGGACGUCGAGAGGCUGAGAACCGCGUUGGAUCCCUUACGUUUAGGCGGCUCGAACGAAGCUGUGGCGCAAAGGAUGGACGCCGAAGACUUAGACGAUCUCGACGAGGAUGAAGAGAGCGAGACUGAGGAAGACCUUCAUCUAGACAUGGACGAAGGGGACGCUAAUUCUAAGAAUAAGAGUGAAGAAAUGGAUUUGGAACAUCUUGCGACGUUGGAAAGGUUGAGACAGAAUCAGAGACAAGAUUAUUUAAAAGGAUCUGUUUGUGGAAGUGUACAAGCCACCGAUAGACUCAUGAAAGAACUACGUGAUAUAUACCGAAGUGACAGCUUUAAAAAGGGAAUGUAUAGCAUAGAACUAGUAAAUGACAGUUUGUAUGAAUGGAAUAUCAGAUUGAUGUGUGUAGAUCCUGACUCACCACUUCAUAGCGAUCUCAUUCUUUUGAAAGAGAAAGAGGGCAAAGACAGUAUUCUUCUCAACAUGCUUUUCAAGGAAACUUAUCCGUUCGAACCUCCAUUUGUAAGAGUCGUACAUCCUAUCAUAUCUGGUGGAUACGUUCUUGUGGGAGGUGCCAUCUGUAUGGAACUUCUCACGAAACAGGGUUGGAGUUCGGCGUACACGGUAGAAGCUGUUAUAAUGCAAAUUUCAGCGACGUUAGUGAAGGGAAAAGCGCGUAUACAGUUCCAAGGAUCAGGCGGCGCUGGCAAAGUGUGUGGUGGACAAGGCCAAUACAGUUUGGCGCGUGCCCAACAGUCAUUCAAGUCUCUUGUACAAAUACAUGAAAAGAAUGGUUGGUUCACACCCCCGAAGGAGGAUGGCUAAUGAAGACCGAUUGCGGAAAAGAAGUACCGAAAAUAUGAUACAUGCUUACAGCUGAGACUUUAAUUCGGUGUGUGCCCAACAAGUAAUUGUUAUGAUAAUGAUUUGAUACACAAACACAACAGUAACUAGGUAACUUAAGAUACUGAAUUAAUCUAACGUAUAUAAUUCCUUUGAUGGCUAAAAAAGCUGCCGUAUACCUUGGUUACAUAUCCAUAUUUUUUUUUUUUUUUUUCGGUCAUUAGUAGUUAGAAUCGCGAAUUGUAUCGAUAAAUGUAAGGUAUCAUUUCGCUUGAAAUUGAUUCUUAUGUUCCAAGAAUCCCAGUUGUUACUAUAUUACAAGUAUAGUAAUUUUAUGUGCUCCUUGAAGAUACAUAUGUUGUACGUGCGAAACAGUAUGAUUAUUUUAGAAAAAACAAAAUGCGUUCACGCAAUUGUGCUUCCUGUCUCUUUAACGGGAGGAGAUUAUGAUCAACAUUUUAGAGUAACAUAUGUAAAUGACAAAUUUUUUUAAGUUUUUCUUUUAUUGUUUUAUCAUUGUCAUUCUUUUUUUUAUUUUCUACGAAGCAACAGUUACGUUCGGUGCAUUUCAAAUGAUGAGGCUUAUAUUUCUUUAUUAAUAAAUGCCGUAAACAAGCAAAAUAAAAAAUAAUGGUAGUGAAAAUGCAUCUCUUCAAGAAAAAAAGUACAUCACUUCUAUUCUUGAAAUCCUUUUCCAGAUAUCUCAUAAGCGAUAUCGAAAAAUUAUGUGAGUGCACAACCAAAACGUUUCUUUAGAAAGAAAAAAAAAUUAUGUGGAAAUAAAAUGGCUAAAUAGAAUAUAAAAGCAUAGCUUUGCAUCGGAAGGCUCUAGAGAGUACGAUCAUAGAAGUUACAAAAGUCACUGCAAGCUUUGAAGACUUGCAAUUAAUUAUAUGUUUUGUAAGACUAAUUUUGUCUAUAUCUAUAUUAAUCAAGUCAGAUUUUUGACACGAGAAGCGAUAUUUUUUUACAUUCGGCGAGUAGUAUAUUUCGUAGCCAUUAUUGGAUUAGAUGAGACUUAGAUCUUACAAUGCUUGUAUUGUAUACAAUACAGUAAUUAAUGUGAAUGUUUAUCCUUUGCAUAGGACAUAUAAGAGUGAGUCGGAUAUGGAUAUAUAGAUGCUGUAGCAGCGUGUACGUUUUCUUUCUUAAUGCAGUAAAUAAUUAUAAAAGCUUACGUUGGUUUUUUUCUUUUGCAAUAUUAUCGAAUGGGACGGCUUAGAGCUUUCUACAACAUAUAUAUCUCCGUUGUGUGUAAUAUUCAAUCGAAUAUAGGAAUUGUAUAGAUGUACAUAAUGCAAGGUACUCUUUAGAGUUCUGAUCAGAGGGCAUAAAUACAAUAGUAGAAGCUUAAAAAGUUUUGGUUGUGUAUUUCAUCGACAAAUCCAUUCUAAAAAUCUAUUCUUUAUUAUUUUUCUCUAUGACACAAUAUCAAUAAGAUAAAAUCAUAUUGUAUAUGCAAGAUAUAAUUUUUUUAAUAAGAGAUGCGCGAGCUAAACAUUAAUCCGUACGGAAAUUAAUUCUUAUGUGCAAAUUUGUUUUCGAAGAAAACAUAUAUAAAUUAUAUAUAUAUAUAUAUAUAUAAAUUCCAUGCAAAUGUUUCUAACAAUUGCAAAUAGAGAAUUUCUUUGCGGUUUUACGCAUUCAAUAAUAAUCGACUAUUGUUUGUGUAAGCGGUAAAUGGCCAAGAUGUGUUGUGUAUGCACUUCUCUCUUCUAAAGCAAAUUUGUUCAUUAGAAUUAACAGUGUAACGAUAUCAUAAUGUUUGUAACAUUUAGUGAAUCUAAUUUUUGCUAUCAAUUAUAUCUGUUAAGGAUACUCAUUUUCACAAAAAUAUCUGUUAUUUCAUAAAUGGAAUAUGGAUUCCCAAAAUGGGUUACCAUCCAUAUAUGAAAUGAGAAUCAGGAUUUGAACUCGGUAUCCGUCGAUUACAAGUCGAUUGUUUUUAUACAGUCACGUAUCAUCCCAAAUUAUCUUAUUGUUAAAUACAUUUUUACAAAUACGGCAUUGAAGUUAAGUUGCUGCAAAAAUUGCGUUAAUCGAUAAUAUUCUUCGGAUUGGUAUCGCACUUCUAAUUUAUGCAGUUUGUUUCGUACAUACAUACAUAGAUAUACACAUCCUGAUUCGUAUACAUGCAUGUACACACACAUAUACACAUAUGCAUUCUGUUCCUUAUGCUUCAUCUUCCUACGUAAUCUCGAAUGCGUAGUACUUUCCGCGACCAUCAUUUUGCAAACAUAAUGUCAAACAUGAACAUUUACGAAUAUCAAUCACAAGUAGUCGUAUAAUUUUCGUAAGAGUCGAAGGAAAUCCUGUCAUUUUCGUUGUAAAUAUAUCGUCAAUUGAAACAACCAAUUAAAUGACGGUUUAACUGUUAUACUUCAGGGAUUUUUAUUUUCAGAGGUAUUCAUUACUUUUAUAAUUAUUACGUUAGGGUACGUGUCUGCGUAAUUAUCGUGUUUGCUUUUUUUUUUUUUGUUAGAAUGAAUGGAUACACCUGAACGCCUAUUAAUAUCGUAUGGAGAUGGAGCAGUACAUAUGUUAUUGGCAAUAACGCAUGUAUGAUGUAUCAGUACACAUGAUUAUCGGUAUAACUGGAGCGAGUAGCGUGGGUUCACUAGUUUCGUUCGCGGUACAAUUAAACUCGUUUGUGAGCAAAUCAUAUGAGCAGUAUCGUCAUAUAAAUAAUAGACUCUUAAGUAUAGGUGUGCGAUCAUCGAGCUCGUUGUCAACGGGUUACCCACGAUUUGUACAGCCGCCACCCGUUUGACAUUGAGUACUGGUCGACGUCGUUAAGCGUUAUGUUCUUUGCCAAAACUUUGUGUCGUCUGUUAAGUUUUAUUUUUUCUCUCUCUCUUUUUUUAUGUAAUUUGCGUACGAUCGCGAGGAGCAAUGUGACAUGGUGUAUUUUUGCUACAAAUAUCGUUAAGACUCUUCGUUUUCUUAACACGACAUUUCGACUCUUGCCCGAUAUUCGUUGACGAUUUCAGAAAAUGUCAAGAGUGUCGGACGUAAGGUCGACAUGAUGCACGCGAUUAGUUCGAAUUAAUUACAUUUAAUAAACGAGAUACGAGAGAUGCGUAAUAAGAUAAGAUAACGAUAAUUCCGCGUAACGUUGUCCGAGGGAGGGAUUCGUUCCGGAUUAAAACACUUUGACGAAAGGUGUGUGCGCCUAAAGGACAAGUGGAAGUUCGAAGUUAGUCGAUUAUUAACUCUGAAAUGCAUUUCUCAAAUCCUUUUCGAUUGUGUGCAGUAACGUAGCUGUAAAAUUUUUGUUAUUCGAAGUAAUCUUUCUAUUUGAAGACUGAUAAAAGUAUAGAUGCACUCGAACGUACUUUUUCUUCCACGUUACAUUUGUAAAAUAUCGCGUCUCUCACGCGAUACUUGGAUUCGCGAGCAUGGGGAAUAAAAAGAUACUCGAGCAAUUUAUCCGCGUCGGAUGGGAUAAAACUUUCUAAGUACUUGUGAAUACGGAAGCAUUAUGAAAUUGUGAUGAUCCCAUUUAAGAUUUUUCGUACGAAGGCCAUUGGGUGCCAAUUUGGGAAGGUGGAUAUACAUAUCCCAUUCCAAGAUGUAUUUGUGGCAAAAAUAGUCGUCUAAAGUCUCUUCCAGCUCAUUCGUUCACUUUCCACAUUUCAUUGACAAAUGCGGAUACGUUUAUUAUGCGUUAAGUAAAGUGCGAAUAAUCGAAUUGAUGUAAUGACAAAAUUAUUUCUUUUUGUUUAAAGGGAGAGCACCCGGUUCACGCGGAACAUAAAUAAGCAGACUCCGAAGCGACUGUAUGUAAAACACGAUACAAGCGUAUAUAUAGAAAUUAUUACAUCCCCGUGUACCUGGUUACAGAUUUCUGGCUACGCAUUCUCUAAUUAAGACAUAGAAGCGACAAGUACUAAAAAAAUCUGCGUUUCGCUUGAACCGUGGCAUUUCGAUCGUAUCCAUUUGAUACUCGGGACUAUAAACGACUUUGUGUAUCGUGUUUAAGUAUAUGGAUAUAACUUAACUCUCUCAUAUUGUAACAUUUUCUGACGAGGGUAUUAGACUUUCGGAUCGAAGUGAAGUGUGCCGUGCGCGUCGAGAGAGAUUGCGAUCAAGGUUUUCUUACACUUUCAGUUUCCGUCGCAAAUUUUCGGAACCCCCUCUUUUCUCCCGCCUUCCCCUCACCUUUUGUUGCCAAACAUCUCGUUCUUUUCUCGACGUGGACGAUGAUGAUCCUCGAGUCUAAACCCAUAAGUUAACUUAUGUCUCUACUCUGUCUGCGUACCUAUUUGCGUAAACUCAUUGGUCAACCGAGAGAUCGAUUAAUUUUUGUUAAUCGGUCGCGCGUCGUCUCAUUGUCAAUAUCUAUAAUAUUAAGAUUACUCUACGUAUCUUAAAUCUGCUCCACUUGUAUAUCGUACCAUUUACUGAUUUGAGUGAAAGUUUCCAUAAUUCUAAUAUAUCGAAGCAUUAUACUUUCUCUCUUUCCUUCUCUCUUUCUCUCUUACACCACAGUUUCACAGUUAAGUUACGUUAAUUAUUGUUUAGGAGAACGCUACGAAACACAAAAAAAAUAAAGAUUUUAAUAAAAAAAA